AUGUCACUCUCACGCGCUUUCACUACUCGAAAGGCCAAGAACGCCGAGAUGGGGGAUUCUCCGGUACCACAUCGCAGCAACUCAGCCCGCGAUAGACAUCACGGUCCUGUCUUGCGACACCAGAUUUCCGGUCCUAUUCAGCUUGUUCACACAACCAACAUGCUGUCCUAUAACGCUCCCGAUAUCCCGUCGCCGCAUGCUUCUCUCCGCAACAAGUCUUCACUACGAUCUGUUGGUGAAGAUUCCGAGGCUCCUUCAACUACCGAGUCAACUCCGCCUACGAGCCCGGAUGUUUCUCCUGUGGAAGACUUCUCAGGACCUAUGCCAAACCAUCUAUCAACUUACUUCUCGGUUUCCGACAAGCCUCAUGUCAUGCCGCCUGCCAUGCCACCUGCCAUGCCCAAGAUUGUUGAGGCUCCCGCGAUUCCUAAGCGCUCACCUUCCCACACCAAGCAGAACUCGUACGAUGCUAUCGCCCGCCAACGAUCCGUCUCGCAAAGGUCCAGGGACUCAGAGAACUCCGUCUCCACAAAGGCUAGCUACACAUUCUCCCGGUCAUCGUCAACUUCCACCAGAGCUUCAUCAGCAUCAUACGCCUCUGCCGGUCUUAACCAAAAGGCCCCUCCCAUGCCUGUUCCUGCAGUUCCAACCUCUGUCCCAGCUCCUCCACCUUCUUUCCAGCAGCGAGCUCUCAAGGACUCUCACCCCUUUGGUCACGAACUAGCACAGGUCACCGAGCUCGCCGAGGAGUACAGCGCCAGGCCACUAAGCAAGGAGGAAGAGGAAGACAACCGAUACAUGAAGUCCAGGGGUCUGAACAAGCACAGUACCGAGGACUAUCUCAGUGACGUUCAGAACUUGCUCCUCGGCUUCUUCCCCGAGGUGUCGCACGCCAAGCCAAUUACACCACAAUGGAUCUAA